GGGCCCCCACGCCCCUGCCCCCCGGAGCCCUCGCGCCCCUGCCCCCCACGCGUGCCGUGGCCAUGGCGGCUGUGCGCGGGGCGCCCUUGCUCGGCUGCCUCCUGGCGCUGCUGGCGCUGUGCCCCGGGGGGCGCGCGCAGACGGUGCUGACUGACGACGAGAUAGAGGAGUUCCUCGAGGGCUUUCUGUCGGAGCUGGAGCCCGAGGCCCGCGAGGACGACGUGGAGGCCCCGCCGCCCCCCGAGCCCACCCCGCGCGUCCGCAAAGCCCAGACCGGGGGCAAGCCGAGGACGCGCCCGGGGGUGGCCGGAGAGGCGCCUCCAGAAAAGGCCAAAGACAAAGGGAAGAAAGGGAAGAAGGACAAAGGCCCCAAGGCCACCAAGCAGCCCCUGGAGGGGUCCCCCAGACCACCCAAGAAGCCGAAGGAGAAGCCACCCAAGGCCACCAAGAAGCCCAAGGAGAAGCCACCCAAGGCCACCAAGAAGCCCAAGGAGAAGCCACCCAAAGCCACCAAGAAGCCCAAGGAGAAGCCACCUAAGGCCACCAAGAAGCCUGUGACCGGGAAGAGGCUGCCCACCCCGACCCCCUCAGAAACCCCAUGGUGGCCACUACCCCCACCCCCCGGCCCCAGCCUCGAGGAGGAGCUGCCCCAGGAGGGAGGCGGGGCCCUUCCAAGUCCCUGGCAGGGUCCGGGAGGAGAGACUGAUGUGGAGAACCAGCCUGAACUGGAGGAGGAGACUGAGCAGCCCACGCUGGACUACAACGACCAGAUAGAGAGGGAGGACUACGAGGACUUUGAGUACAUCCGGCGCCAGAAGCGGCCCAGGCUGCCCCCCAGCAGGAGGAGGCCCGAGAGGCCUUGGCCUGAGCGUCCCGAGGAGAAGGCCGAGCCACCCGGGCCGGGGCUCAAGGCCCCAGAGGAGGAGGAGGAGAGGAUCGAGCUGCCUCUGAAGCCGCUGCCGCCCCUGCCGCCCCCCGACUAUGGGGGUGGCUACGUGAUCCCCGACUACGAUGACAUGGACUAUUACUUCCGGCCUCCCAAGCCCCAGAAGCCCUACCCGGAGCUAGAGACAGACGAAGAGAAGGAGGGGCUGAAGAAACCCAAAAAGGAAGGCAGCAGCCCCAAGGAGGAGGAGACGGAUGACAAAUGGACUGUGGAGAAGGGCAAGGACCACAAAGGGCCCCGGAAGGGCGGGAAGUUGGAGGAGGAGUGGGCUCCAACAGAGAGAGUCAAAUGCCCCCCUAUCGGGAUGGAGUCGCAUCAUAUCGAGGACAACCAGAUCCGGGCCUCCUCCAUGCUGCGCCACGGCCUGGGGGCACAGCGCGCCCGGCUCAACAUGCAGGCUGGUGCCACCGAGGACGACUACUUUGACGGGGCAUGGUGUGCUGAGGACGACCCUCAGACCCAGUGGAUCGAGGUGGAUACCAGAAGGACCACCAAGUUCACAGGCGUCAUCACCCAGGGCCGUGACUCCAGCAUCCAUGAUGACUUUGUGACCUCCUUCUUCGUGGGCUUCAGCAACGACAGCCAGACGUGGGUGAUGUACACCAACGGCUAUGAGGAAAUGACCUUCCACGGGAACGUGGACAAGGACACACCUGUGCUGAGUGAGCUCCCGGAGCCGGUGGUGGCCCGCUUCAUCCGCAUCUACCCACUCACCUGGAACGGCAGCCUGUGCAUGCGCCUGGAGGUGCUGGGGUGCCCCGUGUCCCCUGUCCACAGCUACUACGCACAGAAUGAGGUGGUGACCACUGACAACCUGGACUUCCGGCACCACAGCUACAAGGACAUGCGCCAGCUGAUGAAGGCGGUGAACGAGGAGUGCCCCACUAUCACCCGCACAUACAGCCUGGGGAAGAGCUCACGCGGGCUCAAGAUCUACGCCAUGGAGAUCUCGGACAACCCUGGGGACCAUGAGCUGGGGGAGCCCGAGUUUCGCUACACGGCUGGGAUCCAUGGCAACGAGGUGCUGGGGCGUGAGCUGCUGCUGCUGCUCAUGCAGUACCUGUGCCGCGAAUACCGCGACGGGAACCCCCGUGUGCGCAGCCUAGUGCAGGACACGCGCAUCCACCUGGUGCCCUCACUGAACCCUGAUGGCUAUGAGGUGGCAGCGCAGAUGGGCUCAGAGUUUGGGAACUGGGCACUGGGGCUGUGGACCGAGGAGGGCUUUGACAUCUAUGAAGACUUCCCGGAUCUCAACUCUGUGCUCUGGGGAGCUGAGGAGAGGAAAUGGGUCCCCUACCGCGUCCCCAACAAUAACCUGCCCAUCCCUGAACGCUACCUCUCCCCAGAUGCCACGGUGUCCACGGAGGUCAGGGCCAUCAUUGCCUGGAUGGAGAAGAACCCCUUUGUGCUGGGGGCAAACCUGAAUGGUGGCGAGCGGCUGGUGUCCUACCCCUACGACAUGGCCCGCACGCCCAGCCAGGAGCAGCUGCUGGCUGCAGCCAUGGCAGCUGCCCGGGGAGAGGAUGAGGACGAGCCAUCUGAGGUCCAGGAGACCCCAGACCACGCCAUCUUCCGCUGGCUGGCCAUCUCCUUUGCCUCUGCCCACCUCACCAUGACCGAGCCCUACCGGGGAGGGUGCCAAGCACAGGACUACACCGGUGGCAUGGGCAUCGUCAACGGGGCCACGUGGAACCCCCGAUCUGGGACUAUCAAUGACUUCAGUUACCUGCACACCAACUGCCUGGAGCUCUCCAUCUACCUGGGCUGUGACAAGUUCCCUCACGAGAGUGAGCUGCCCCGAGAGUGGGAGAACAACAAGGAAGCUCUGCUCACCUUCAUGGAGCAGGUUCACCGUGGCAUCAAGGGAGUUGUGACGGACGAGCAGGGCAUCCCUAUUGCCAAUGCCACCAUUUCCGUGAGUGGCAUCAACCAUGGUGUGAAGACAGCAAGUGGUGGUGAUUACUGGCGAAUCCUGAACCCGGGUGAGUACCGUGUGACAGCUCACGCAGAGGGCUACACCCCGAGUGCCAAGACCUGCAAUGUGGAUUACGACAUCGGGGCCACCCAGUGCAACUUCAUCCUGGCACGCUCCAAUUGGAAGCGCAUCCGGGAGAUCUUGGCCAUGAAUGGGAACCGGCCCAUCCCACACAUUGACCCCUCACGCCCCAUGACCCCCCAGCAGCGACGCAUGCAGCGCCGCCGCCUGCAGUACCGGCUGCGAAUGCGCGAACAGAUGCGGCUCCGUCGCCUCAAUGCCACCACAAGCCCAGCCACCUCCCCCACAUCGCCCCCCACCACCCCCACACUGCUCCCCACCCCCACCCUCGCUCCCUCACCUGCACCAAGCUCCACCCUGGGGCCCUGGCACUUUAUACCCGAGACCACGGCUGACUGGGAGGAGUCAGAGACUGAGACCUACACAGAGGUGGUGACAGAGUUUGGGACGGAGCUGGGGCCCGAGGAGGAGGAGGAGGAAGAGAAGGAGGAGGAGGAGAUGGUCACCGGCCCAGAGUUCCCCUUCACCACAGCCGAGACCUACACAGUGAACUUCGGGGACUUCUGAGAACAGGUCUCCCAACGCCGAGCCUGCGCCAGUAGUCAUGUCACCUCGGCCAGCUUGGUGGCCAUUAGCACAUGGAAGGCCCCCUGGGGUGGGCCGGGCCAGGAGGGGGCAUGAAUGUGACCAAGACCUACGAGCCUGGGUCUGUGUCAGGCUUCUGCUCCACCUGCUGGCUUCGUAGAGGACAGGCUGUGGCAGGGCUGGGGUGGGGGCAGGCCGAGUGAGCCCAGGAGGCAGACUUCUCAACACCUGCCCAGGCCGCACCAAUAAACCAAGCUCAUGGCAGA